ACGUAUGCUUGACACUGGACGAUAACCGAUAAGUGAAAUAGUUAAGUAGUCGUCGUGUGCGUAAGUUAUCUUCGAUAGACUUCGAUGAACUAUAAAUUAAAUCAAGUAGCGUUAGAAUGGCGAAGUAAAGCUGCAAAUGGAAAAUGGCGAAGAUCGUGAAAGGAUCCGAAUCCUUAGUUACGAUACUAAUUUGCGAAUACUGCGCUAACCUUACGUUCAAACAAAUAGAAGAUUUUAUAAGACAUUUGAGAGAUCAACAUUGCUCCAGAGAAGGAGGAUCGUUUGUUUGCCUUUAUGGUUAUAAUGGAGUAUGCACUAGUCUUCCUGUGGAGGGUGUUUCCGAUAAAGAUUAUGUAGCACAUGCUACCAAGCACGCAGCAAUGCAGCAGCAACGUAAAAGCAAUGGUCAAGUAUCCGAGUCCGCUUCAUCGUGGACUGUAUACUCGGCUGCUCAAAAUUUACCAGCUGUUUUAAAUGAUCCAUUUAAAGGGAAACAGAGUAACUUCUUAACUCGUACUUGGGGCGAUGGAUUUGUAGAGAAAGUCGAUAUUCCUAAGAGUCCUUACCUUCCUGAAGUUACAAUGCAACACUUUGAGUCAUACUUAAAAAAGAUUGCAAGGAGAUAUCGAAAACAUUCUCGUAUGAAUUCAAAUGCCAAUAGACCAACUACGCCUAACGAAUUGUUACAAAAUUUCCCAAAUUUAAGAAAAGUUAAGUCGUUAGAUCGAAUGCAAUUUGAUUUAGCUAAUGUUCCAAAAAUUUUUUUAACACCCAAUUUGGAUCUUUCUCAGAAAGAUAACUUUUACGUCGUAUUUCCGUUUACAAAAGGUGGAUUGUUAAACGAGGAAUCUAAUAUUGUUAUUCAUGUCAAGCAAAUGCAAGAAAAGCUAAGUCAUUAUUUAGAUGUUGUGGAAGUUAGAAUAGCAGAACAAGUUGCUUCAAAAUCUCAAGCAUUUUUUCAUGCCAUGACUUCUCACGAUGCCCUAAUGGAGCAACUUACACAAACUAUUACGGUUCUAAAAGCUCUUAGGAAAAAUAUACACCAAGUUGAUAAACAUCUAGUCAAUGAUUCUUUAGAAAUUUUACGAUUACAACAAGCAAGAUCUAAUCGGCUAUUAGUACAAGAAAAAUUAAAGCUUAUGGCUACGGUACAUCAGAGUCAACCAAUGAUACAGUUACUGUUAUCGACGCCAGAUUAUGUUGCUGCGCUAGAUCUUAUUUCUACAACGCAAGAAAUACUUUUACAAGAAUUAAAUGGAAUACAUAGUUUCAGACAUCUGAGUUCUCAGUUAACGGAAAUGGAGAAACUCGUGGACAAAAUGUUGUCCACAGAGUUCCAAAGAUAUGCAACGGCAGAUCUAAAUAGACCGUUAGGUGGUGAAAACAUUGUUCUGGAUGGUGAUAAACUUGUUUCCAUCAUUUCUGGUCUUUUGCGGCAAAAACAUUUUCAAUUUGUGGAUACCUACAAAGAGGAAGCUGUGACAACUGUCCGUGCUAUAACUAAACAAAGAGUCAUCGAAGCUUUAGCAGCAAGUGAUUGUUGCAGUGAUCAACAGGCAGCUGCUCUUGAAGUUGGCGGACUUUCCCUCGCUGAGAGGUUAACCUUACUUCAUAAUACUAUACAAUCUUUGACAUUCCUUCUCAUGCGAGUAAAAGCUGUUCACGAUGUUAUGCGAGAUACCGUAGACCUUGCAGCUGGUCGAGUAUGCGACGGUUCCUUUAACGAUUCGAUACCAGAUCGGUUAUUAACCCGAAUUGAACAUUCGCGAGUAACAACCAAACUUAACGAUAUGUUAACGUCCAUUUGUGAUUAUUGUCAUGAGCGAAUGGGAAAUCUGCUUUCUGCAGGUGCAAACGAAAAAGAUAAAUUACAAAACGACAAAGAAAAAACAAAUAGUGAAAAUGCAGGUAAUAAACAAGAGGAGAAAGACUCUCAGAAUUGGAACGACAAAUUUUCUUGGUUAAGUAAAAGAGCAACAACAGCUCAAGUAUGUCAACUAGCCAAUUUGGUUGAAGGAUUUACGGAUACUUGCGAGAAGCUCUGUGGCAAACAAUGUACAGCGUUGCGAUCGGCAUUCAAGGCACAAGCCAGUAAAUUCAUUCAAAGAUUUCAUACCGAGCUUAAAACAAAGCUCACUCUUUUAUUGGAAUCUGAAAGAUGGAAGCAGGCUGACGUGCCACCAGAAUUUCAGUCGCUAGUAACAUACGUGUAUGAAAAUAAAUGUUUUCCACCGAAUUUAUUUAAGGCUGAAGAUAGAGUAAAAGAAAAUGAUAUUCAAAACUUUAUUAUGGUCGGAGAGGAAAAGUAUGCCGUUGUUGGUGCAGCUUUAAUGCUUAUGCAAAUGAUUCACGAAUAUUGCAGAACUGGUAGUGAAUUGAUCGCUCUAUCUGGAACUAUUGGAAGACAUUUAGCUGAAUUAUUAAGGCAUUAUAAUUCUCGUUGUUGUCAACUUGUACUUGGCGCAGGCGCAAUGCAAGUUGCGGGUCUAAAAACUAUUACCAGUACAAUACUUGUACUAGCUGCGCGUAGUUUAAAAUUAAUUUUAUGGCUUAUGCCUUUUGUAAAGUUACACUUCCAAACGCUUGCAGAGCAAAAUCCUAGUCGUGGAUAUGGUUCAUCUAACGUAACAGGUGGUGUUGCGUUAUUGGACAGCGUCGAAAGGGACAUUCGCGCACACGUGAAAGAAAUUGAAAGCAAAAUUCUCACUAUCGUUGACAAUCUGCUGGGUGGUCAAAUAUCAACCUGGGUUGCAAGACCACCGGUACCGUCGAAAUCAUUUAGAAACAUUUCUAGCUAUUUAAUUAAGCUGCACGAAGCAGUUUCUGGAAUUCUCCCUGCAGUAGAAGUACAAACCUUGUAUCGUACAGUAAAUACAUCUUUUAAAGAAAAACUUAGAGAACAGUUAGUUAAAAUGAAUAUAGUGAAUAAUGGUGGUCCACAACAUGGCGUCGUUACGUCCGAACUUACGUUUUAUCUCGAAGCAUUACGAAAAUUAAAAGUGCUACCAACUAAUGAAUUAGAUGACAAUUGGAUGAGUGAUAUAUGGACGAGAUAACAUGCAGAGCGUGUGAUAUAUUGCAUAAUUGAAGCGAUGAAGUAUUGCAGAAAAAGGUGACUAAUCUUUAUUAUCGUCUUCCUUCACAGGCAUUGCGUAUCGGUGACUAACAUUUUGAUGGAUUUUUAAAAAGUGGCUUGUAUUCGAAUAUUCAAUAUAUAAAUAUUUAUACUUACAUUAUUCGUAAGGUUGUAUGAAAUGCAAAGUCAGAUUAAUAAUAGUAAUGUAAUACAAAAUUCUGAAAUAGCAUUUUUAUAAAAUGCUCUGUGCGAUAUUCAGGAAAAUAUGUGUAAAAAAAAAAGCAGUUUUAUUUAAAACAUAUGAUAUUAUUUGUAUUAGGUUGUUGGCCAUACUUAAAUAUAAAUUACAAGUUAAUUUAAU